AUGGCAUCUCAAGCGAACAACACGGCUGAUAAGCAGUCAAAAGACCAGAGCAACCCCGGCUCAAGCAACGUUGAGAAGCCUCAGCAAGACGACCAGACCCUCGAUAACCAGGGCAAGAAUGUAGGAGACAACGACGAGGAGUACGAGUCGGGCGCCGACUUUCAAGACGCCGAGGGCGAUCAGGAGGAGAAUGCGGGACAGGGUGGAGAGAACCUCCCUACGCCUGAACCAACACCCAAAGGGAAAAAGUCUGACGGAAAGAAGCCUGACGGAAAGAAGCCUGACGAGAAGAAGGACGAAGAAAAGAAACCAGAGGAGAAGCUUGGAGAGCAAUCUGAGGAUAAGCCUGAGGACAAGCAAGAGAAGCCCGAGGAGAAACCCGGGAAUCUUGAGAAGACACCUGAAGACAAGGCAGAGAAGUCUGAAGAGAAACCCAAGGACACUCUAGAGAAGCCUGAAGAGAAAUCCAAGGACAGUCUAGAAAAGCCGGAAGAGAAGGCUGAGGACAGUCUAGAAAAGCCGGAAGAGAAGGCUGAGGAGAAGUCUGAAGAGAAGUCUGAAGAGAAACCGGACCUGAAACCCGAAGAACAAGCCAAGCCGGAGUCUGCAGAAAAGACUGAGGAAGAAGCUGCACAGAAGCCUCGCCCUCAGCCCCAAGUCAACAAUGAGGAAGAUGAGGAUGAGGAGGAGGAAGAAGAAGAGGAAGAUGACGAUGAAGAAGAGGAUGACGACGAUGAAGAUAGCGACGAGUACGACGACGACGAUGAUGAGGAUCUAAGUGAAGAAGAAGAUGACGACGAGGAUGAAGAUGAGGAGGAGGAGGACUCUGAGACGGAGAGCGAUGAUGAUGAGCCCUCCACCCCCAAGCAUGAGCAGCAGAUGCUCGCCCAGCGCAAAAAGCAGCAGCUUCUCCAACAGCAACAGCAACAACAGCAACAGGUACAACAACAGCAACAACAGCAACAGGUACAAAAGCAGGACAGCGGCGGCAAGGACGACGCCCUCAAGCUGCGACUGGACCUGAACCUGGAGAUUGAGAUUGAGCUCAAGGCCCGCAUCCACGGUGAUCUGACCCUGGCUUUGCUGUAA